AUGGAACAUUGUACUCCGGUUGCAUAUCCAUUUGAACCUGGUUCUAACCUGCAAAAAUGUGAAAAUAAAUUGACAGAUGAGGAAAACCUUGUGUUACAUCGCAUUCCUUAUCAGCAAGCCGUAGGAUCACUACUGUAUUUAGCUCAAAGCACAAGACCGUACGUUUCAUAUGCUGUGGAGGUUCUAAGCAGAUUCAAUUCUAAUUAUCGGAAAAUCCAUUGGGAAGCUGUGAAACGAAUUAUGCAGUAUAUUAAAGGCACAGUCAAUGUAGGACAAACUUUCCGAAAAAGUGGAACAACUGAAAUUGAAAGUUUCUGUGAUGCUGAUUAUGCAUCAGACCUCCAUCAGUGGCUAUCAACAACCGGCUAUAUCUUCAAGUUAGCUGGGACAGCAGUUUCCUGGACUUCAAAAAGACAACAAACCGUCGCUCUAUCAACUACAGAAGCUGAGUAUAUGGCGCUAUCAGCAGCAGGGCAAAAAGCGGUAUACCUUCAAGGAUUGCUUCGUGAAUUGUGUGUUACGCAUAGUGAAAAGUCAGUAAGUGUAUGCUGUGAUAAUAGAGAUGCCAUUGCACUGUGUCACAAUGGUGUGCAUCACCCUCGAACGAAACACAUUGACGUGAGGCACCACUAUAUUCGUGAUUUAAUUAAAACACGAAAAUUCAGUGUGAAACCUGUAAAUAUUGAUAAGCAGCAAGCUGAUUUUUUGACAAAGGUACUGCCUAAACGUAAACAUCAGUGGUGCUGUCAAGCUGUGGGACUUUCAGAGUUCACGAAUUGA